ACGGACGGAAGGGGCGUGUCCAAAUGCGCAGAGGUGACGUGUUCUUCCAGCGCCAAGUCGUGAGUCGCCCCGAAGUGGUAGAAAAACGUCUUCUCCGGCGUACUAGGUGCAGAGUGAAAACAGAGACCCAGAGGAGGGAAAACUGGAUGUGGAGUUAUCCGCGGGAGACACUCAAGUCCAGGCGGAAGAGUGACCAUCGAGGUUACCUGGCUGGCUUUUUGUUCUUGUGUGAUUUCUGACAUAGCACGAACUAUGUCAUGGAUCAAAGAAGGAGAGCUGUCUCUAUGGGAACGGUUCUGUGCCAACAUCAUAAAGGCUGGCCCAGUGCCCAAACAUAUUGCAUUCAUAAUGGACGGCAACCGUCGCUAUGCCAAGAAGUGCCAGGUGGAGCGGCAGGAGGGCCACGCACAGGGCUUCAAUAAGCUUGCUGAGACUCUGCGCUGGUGUUUGAACCUGGGCAUUCUAGAAGUGACUGUCUAUGCAUUCAGCAUUGAGAACUUCAAACGUUCCAAGAGUGAGGUUGACGGGCUCUUGGAUCUAGCCCGACAGAAGUUCAGCUGCUUGAUGGAAGAACAGGAGAAGCUGCAGAAGCAUGGGGUGUGCAUCCGUGUCUUGGGUGAUCUGCAUCUGCUGCCCUUGGACCUACAGGAGAAGAUUGCACGUGCCGUCCAGGCUACUAAGAACUACAACAAGUGUUUCCUCAACGUCUGCUUUGCAUACACAUCUCGUCAUGAGAUCACCAAUGCUGUGAGAGAGAUGGCCUGGGGCGUGGAACAAGGCCUGCUGGAACCCAGUGAUGUCUCUGAGUCUCUGCUUGAUAAGUGCCUCUAUAGCAACCACUCUCCUCAUCCCGACAUCUUGAUUCGGACUUCUGGGGAAGUGCGGCUGAGUGACUUCUUACUCUGGCAGACCUCCCAUUCCUGCCUGGUGUUCCAGCCUGUCCUGUGGCCAGAAUAUACAUUUUGGAACCUCUGUGAGGCAAUCCUGCAGUUUAAGCUGAACCAUAAUGCACUUCAGAGACAGAACAAACCUUGGAGCCUGGCAUGGUACCUGGUGACUGUAAUCCCAGCUCAGGCCUCAGAGCAGAAGGCCCGAGACAUGUAUGCCGAGGAGCGGAAGAGGCGCCAGCUGGAGAGGGACCAGGCUGCAGUGACAGAGCAGCUGCUUCGAGAGGGGCUCCAGGCCAGUGGGGAUGCCCAAAUCCGACGGACACGCUUGCACAAACUCUCCACCAAACGGGAAGAACGAGUCCAAGGCUUCCUGCAGGCCUUGGAACUUAAAAGGGCUGACUGGCUGGCACUUUGGGGCACUGCAUCUGCCUAAGUGAGGCUGGCUAUCAGCCACAUUACCCUGCCCUCUACCUCUUGGGCCCCGACUCUUCUUUUUCCUUCCUUUUCUUUGGGAAAGGCACCUCCCUGUUUUUGAUGAAUUGGGCUCCCUGUUUUGCAGGGAACCCCAAAGGCAAGUUUUGCUGCCUAUAGAUAGAUACCUUUGGGCUACCCGUGACAAUUACCCUUGAAGUUUAAGGUAGAAUCUCUCAUGUGUACACUAAAUCCAAGUCCAGCUACUGAUACAUUUGGGGAACAAGGCACCCUAACUCGUUAGCUAUAUGCCCUGUCCGUGUUUUUGGAUGCAUGUUCUUUUUCCACCAGCAUACCCUUCAAAGUGCAAAAGAGAUCUUUCCAAAGCCCAGGCCUUUACGGGUCCUGCCUAAGCCCUCCCCAUGUGACUUCCACAAAAGAUUUGGAUCUACUGGUAAAUUUUAACUGAUAGGCAGCCAACAUUAUUGGGCAGGGAAGAAUGGAGUGGGGAGGACAGGAAGAAAAUUUGCCCAUCUGCUGCUCCUCCCCUUGGCUUUCCACCUGGGAUUUGCUAUUGAAUCUCCACCCCCUCCCACUACCAGUCCUGAUUGCUCACUGAAAGGCUCAGCGCCCCCAAUGGCUCCUGGAAGCCAGGCGGGUGAUUACAAUCCAAUUACCUAUUGUUGACUCAGCCCACACAAGCUUUACUCCCCCAUGCAGGGCAUGGGGCCAGGCUCCACUCCCCUGUGAGACCCAACCCCCUCCAUGACUAUGGACAGGGUGGCAGAAGGGCCUGUAGAGGUCCUAGAGUCUAAUCCAACACAGGCCAAUUUGUGCUUAACACAUCAGGACUGAACAAAACCAAGCAUUCCCCAGUUGAGGUUCUCCUUCCCAAAGCAUCUCAAACUGAUUCCCACUUCCAGUCUUCAGGGUCCUCACAACUCUUGGACCUGGCUCCCUAAGUAGGCCCUGAGAUAGUUUGCUCUCUGCAUGGUGGAACUCACCCUAGCCCUCUCAGCCUGAGGCCAACUCUCCCCAGCAGGAAAGAGGCAAGGUUGCAUCCUUUCCCAGCCUCCCCAUAGGGCUGUGGAGAGAGGACUACCUUUGAAGAAAGGUCUGCUUGAGCUACUCUGCUUCAGAUGUACCAGAGCUGUAAGUACUAGCCAGAAAGCCAACCCAAUGCCACUGUGCUCUCAUGCUGUGUGUAAGCCCUCUGCCAGCACCUCCCUCCCCAAAAUGUACUCUUUACAUUUCUAAUUUCUACGCCUUGUUCUCCACCUCCAUUUUUGUGCCCAGAUGCCUGGCACUGGUGAACUCCUGGCCAUCUUCCUAUCAGAAUCAAAAAAGGCUUGACACUGCAACCAUGAGCCAAUCAGUGCACCCUUUGGCAAGGCCCCCUAUACACCUGCACUCCCCAGAACCAAUCCCUGGCACAGAGAUCCCCAAGAGCAGGUGCUGUACAUGUUCCAGCUUUACAGUGAGGCUGUUGACAGCUUUAAUUAGGGAGGCAUGAAUUAUGUGGCUAUAAUACAGAGCCCUACAAUUAAGGCGGGAAGGAGAGGUUGGAGGCAGCAAACGGAAUCUGCCCAGCAAGCAUGGCUGUUGAGUCCUGGCUGACUUUCUCUUAAGACUGGAGUACAGUAGCAGUGAUUAAUGGGGCUGGUAUCUCCAGCCUGGGGACCUGUAUUCUGGGAAAGGUGCACAGGGUGGGGUGGAAGGAGGACGGCUGCCUCAGGAGGCACUGUGGGAGUGGAAAGGAGAGGCAGAUCCACUGCUGUCCAGAGGCAAAGGCUGCAAAAUGCUUCAUUUGAAUUUGUGGAUGUUUGCUUUCUGCUGGCAUGGUUAUGGCAAAAUAGCUUCAACCCUGCCUCAGAAGUUAAGGUGGGACCUAUUUUGUGUCUUCCAUCUGAGCACCAAACACCCUAUUUGCAGAUGUUAGCCAGUUGUGUUCUUGGUAUCAAAAAGGACUUAAAAUUUUUUUUGAGAUACAA